AUGGAUCUGGGCGAAUGCCCCUACUCCCACGAAGUCGGGCUCAAAUCGGAUUAUCGUCGGGAAGCUGCAAAAAGGCCCUACUACUACGAGAUAGACGCUUUGCGACACCUAGAGGCUUUUAUCGCCGAGAGCAACCGUCGAACUGAGCACGCCAAAGCUAAAUUAAAGGAGACACAGGAGGAGUUGACCGAAGAGGCUGCUGUGCAGGUUGAGAAAAUCAACAAACUCAGUGAGGAGAUUGGUACAACGUUGGCAAAGGCGGAGCAAAAGGGACAUGAAGGUCAUGUGGAAGAGUCUCUCGAGCUGAUGAAACGCGUGGAAGAAUUAAACGCCGAAAAGGCCAAACACGAGGCGGAUUUAAGGAACGCCAUCCCGGUCAGCACCUAUCAGCAGCAGAAACUGCGUGUUUGUGACGUCUGCUCAGCGUACCUCGGUGUACAUGACAAUGAUAGACGUCUGGCGGAUCAUUUUGGUGGCAAGUUGCAUCUGGGCUUUAUAACAAUCCGAGAGAAACUAGAGGCGUUGAGGAAGUACGUGGAGGAGAACGAUUUGGUUCGAAAGCAGCGUGAAGAUGCCUCGUUACCACGAAGGGAACCGAGGCGAGACAGUCGAGAUAGAGAGAGGGAGCGAGACCGUAGUCGAGAUUGGGAUCGCGAUAGAGAGCGAAGCCGGGAGCGCAGGCGACGACGCAGCCGCUCCAGAAGCCACUCCCGCAGCCGUCGACACGAUAGACAUCAUAGAUCUAAUGGUAGUAGGCGCCACCGGGAUGAUAGUCGGGAGAGAAGACAUCGGCAAAAGAGUUCGCGGGCUUAUGACGAUUAG